AUGAACAUUGUAGAGAGCCUGUUUGGCCGCUCAAAGACGCCCGCCGAGCGGCUGCGGCAGCACCAGCGCACCCUCCAAAAGGCGCAGCGCGAGCUCGACCGCGAGCGCACCAAGCUCGAACAGCAGGAAAAGAAGCUCAUCGCCGACAUCAAGAAGAGCGCACGCAGCGGCCAGAUGCCGGCGUGCAAGGUCAUGGCGAGGGACCUGGUCCGCACCCGCCGGCACAUCCACAAGUUCUACCAGAUGAAGACUCAGCUGCAGGCCGUCUCGCUGAGAAUACAGACGCUGCGCAGCAACCAGCAGAUGGCCGAGGCCAUGAAGGGCGCCACGCGGGCGAUGGGCACCAUGAACCGGAGCAUGAACCUGCCCCAGAUCCAGAGGAUUAUGCGCGAGUUUGAGCGCGAGAGCGCCACGAUGGACAUGAAGGAGGAGAUGAUGGGCGACGCCGUCGACGAGGCCAUGGACGACGAGGCCGAGGGCAUGGGCGAGGAGGAGGAGAGCGACAAUAUCCUCAAGGAGGUCCUCGACGAGAUUGGCGUCUCGGUCGGCCAGCAGCUCGGAGAGGCACCGACGGCAAGCCUGUCGGCACCGCAGGCGGCACCGCAGCAGAAGGUGGCCAUUGGCGAGGGUGCCGGAGGAUUCGGCGGUGGCGGUGGCAGUGGCGGUGGCGGUGGCGGCGGUGGUGGUGGCAUGAGCGACGAGGAUGCCCUGCAAGCCAGACUCGACAACCUGCGGAGGGACUGA